AUGUCAUCCAAAACUGCCAUUGUUACAGGUGGAGCAGCUGGUAUUGGCUUGGGAAUUGCGAAUUACUUGGCACGGGCCAGUGAGCACGUGGUUUCGCAUAUUGCCGUGCUCGACGUCAACACAGCCACGGGGCAAGAUGUUGUGGCGUCGUUGAAGGAUGAAUUCCCCAAUAUUGGUUUCAGCUUCCAUCUUUGCGACGUGACAAGCUGGGAGGCUCAAGCAGAAGUGUUUGAGAGCGUUUAUACGAAGCAAGGCCGUAUCGACAUUGUGUUUGCGAAUGCUGGAAUCGCCGAGACCGGAUUUCUUUUCCAAACAGAAGGCGACAAGCCUGUUAAACCAGAUUUGAAGACUUAUGAUGUCGACCUGACCGGAGCAAUGUAUACCGUCUCACUCGCAGCAUUCUACAUCAGCAAGAAUCAAUGUUCGGCAGAGAAUAAUUUCAAAGGAAGUAUUAUAUGCACCGCUUCCAACUCCGGCCUUUAUCCCUUGAGCCUGGCUCCCAUUUACACUACUGCCAAGCAUGGCGUUGUCGGAUUGGUCAGAGGGCUUGCGGGACGGUUCCAACACGAAAGAAUUCGAAUCAAUGCGAUAGCACCCUGUAUUGUUGAAACCAAUAUUGGUGCUAGACUACGGGACCUCCCUGGGAUCAGCUUCACUCCGCUAAGCGCAGUCAUGCAGGCUGUUGGGAAGUUACUUAGUGACUCCGAGUUAAACGGCAAGAUUUUAGAGAUAUCAGACGAAAACAUUACUCUCGCAGAGAGUCCUGCAUUUGUUGACAAGAGCACUGAGGAUAAUCUUGAAAUUCUUGGGAAUUUGGCGCAGAAAAUCUGGAAAGGAGAUUUUGGCAACCACGGUGGUGAGGAGUGA